AUGUCGAAAACCGUGUUGAUCACAGGAGCAAGUGGUCUUCUGGGAUCCCAAGUACAAAAGGUCUUCGAAAUAGAUGGCUGGAAAGCCACAGGUACGGGCCUCACUCGGACCAGCCCACCAGAGAUCAUCAAACUAGACCUACUCGAUGCAAACAACAUUGAAAGAGUCUUGGACGGAGUGAAGUAUGCAUUUUCAAACAAGGGAUUCUUCUUGGCCGCUGAUGAAGCCCUAGACCUGAAGUUGUGGUACACUGUAUGCUCGACGGUACAUGUUCGAAACAAGUUUGGGAACUUACCUCAAACAGGUGCCGCAAAUCGCUUCCCAGAUUCCUGUUCCGCGAACCCGUCCGCUGCCCAAGCCCUCAAUGUGAAUUCUAGCAAAGAUCUGGCUGAAGCUACGAUAGCACGGGGUAUCAUACUCAUCUACAUCUCCACGGAUUAUGUCUUCUCCGGCCGCAAAGGCGAAGCACCUUAUCACCCCUCCUCGAGGACUGACCCCCCAAAUGUCUACGGCCAAACCAAGCUCGACGGCGAGAAAGCCGUACUGAGCGUCGCUGAAACCAAGAAGGUGAAGAACAAGAUUGUUGUGCUACGCAUCCCAGUCCUCUAUGGCAGCGCAAACGACCCUAAAGAUUCCGCCGUCAACGUUCUCAUGUCGCAGCUCUGGGAAUCUCAAAAGAUUCAGCCUGGGCAGCCGAAGAUCAAAGUUGACGACUGGGCGUUGCGCUAUCCGACAAACACUUCUGAUGUCGGCCGCGUGUGUCGCGAUCUUUCCACAUUAUAUCUGGACCCGAAGAAUAUGGAAGGAGAGUUGCCGAGUGUGCUGCAGUUUAGCUCGGAGGAUAGGAUGACGAAGUGGGAGAUUGUGAAUGUGUUUGCGGAUAUUAUGGGGCUGCCUAUUGAUGGCAUGGAGGCUUCGGUUCCAGAGGAAGAAACCGGAGAUGGAGUUAAGAGACCAUAUGAUUGUCAUUUGGAUACAGGUGCACUCAAGGAAUUAUAUAUCGAUAUUGGGACUGUUGAUUUUCGGUUUUGGUGGUAA